CUCACAUUUUAACUUGAGUCGUUUCUAAUCUGUGAUUAUUUCUCUCUUUUUAUGUUGACAGGUGUUUGAAAUCGGUACUCGAGCCGAUAAAAUUUUUCAAAAUGUCACUCGUCAUCCCCGAUAAGUUUCAACAUAUUCUUCGUAUCAUGAAUACGAACAUAGAUGGAAAACGGAAAGUUAUGUUUGCAAUGACUGCGAUCAAAGGAGUUGGGCGCAGAUACUCCAACAUUGUAUUGAAAAAGGCAGAUAUCGACCUCGACAAGCGUGCUGGUGAAUGUACCGAAGAAGAGGUUGAAAAAAUUAUUACUAUUAUGUCGAACCCCAGGCAAUAUAAAAUUCCAGACUGGUUCUUGAAUAGGCAAAAGGAUAUUGUUGAUGGUAAAUACAGUCAACUUACUUCCUCGAAUUUGGACUCCAAGCUUCGUGAUGAUUUGGAGAGAUUAAAGAAGAUCCGUGCUCACAGGGGUAUGCGUCACUAUUGGGGCCUGCGUGUCCGUGGUCAACACACAAAGACCACUGGCAGACGUGGUAGAACUGUGGGUGUAUCUAAGAAGAAGUAAACUAAAUAAACAUUUCUAAAAACUA